AGCGAAAUGUGCCGUAACGAUGCGUCGAGAUUGUUAGUUCGUCACUCCGAUUUCCUCUUCAGGAAUCGCAAGUGGACUCCUCGAAUGGAUGAUGACGAGGUGAGGCUUCUAUUUCUUUAUACAAGGCAAACGAGAAACGACAACGACGAAUGCCUUGUCAGUGUUAUCGCAGAAAGGGAUUCGAAACCACUCCGCUCUUAGCGAGCGUCUCCAAACCCCACCCUCCCAAAACUCACCUUCCCCGAGCGAGCUCGCUCCUCCUCCUCUUGCCUUCUUUUGCUAUUUAAAGAGCCCCGUCUCUGCCUCGAUCCCAGACUGCCCUGUUUCGCACGGAAGAAAGAAGCUACACUAUGGCCUCCCCUGUUUCUGCUUCUAUUCCCCUGUUUUUGUGUCUUCUCAUGUUUCAAAACCUGAACUUGCUCUGUUUUGUGAUGGCGGCACGGACUAUGGCUCCUGAUUCCAAGGCAAAGCCGCUUCUUCUUCCGCUGCGAACCCAGAAGAUGUCGACUUCCAGCCUUCCGAUGUCACCCAACAAGCUCCGGUUCCACCACAACGUCAGCCUUACCGUCUCCCUCUCCGUGGGGAGCCCGCCGCAGAACCUCUCCCUGGUGCUCGACACCGGCAGCGAGCUGUCGUGGCUCCUUUGCGGCGGCUCCACCGCCGCAUUUCCGUCCUUCCGUCCUCGCGCCUCCUCCACCUACUCCCCCGUUCCCUGCUCCUCCCCGACGUGUCGUGACCGGACGCGCGACCUUCCCAUCCCGGCCACCUGCGAGGAGUCCACUCGCCUCUGCCACGUCGCCCUCACCUACGCCGACGCUUCCUCCUCGGAGGGCACCCUCGCCUCCGACCUCCUCCGCGUCGGCGAGUCAUCUCCCCUGCGCACCGUCUUUGGCUGCAUGACGUCAGCCUACUCCUCCGCCACCGGUGACCUCUACGCCGCCGGCAUGCUCGGCAUGAACAGGGGCGCCCUCUCCUUCGUCUCCCAGACCGCCACCCGCCGCUUCUCCUACUGCAUCUCCGACCGCGACGCCGCCGGCGUCCUCCUCCUCGGCCACGACACCCUGUCCUUCCUCCCCCUCAAAUACACCCCCUUCGUCCAAAUCGCUCUCCCCCUUCCUUACUUCGACCGGGUUGCAUACUCCGUCCAACUGGAGGGCAUCCGCGUGGGCCGCACGCUCCUCCCCAUCCCCAAGUCGGCGCUCGUCCCGGACCACACCGGCGCGGGGCAGACCAUGGUCGACUCGGGGACGCAGUUCACCUUCCUCCUCGGCGACGCCUACAGCGCGCUGAAGCAAGAGUUCCAAAGGCAGACAAAGGGGGUCCUGCCGGUGCUGAACGAACCGGACUUCGUCUUCCAGGGGGCGUUCGACCUGUGCUUCCGGUUACCAACCGGUUCCGGCGCGCCGCCGAAGGGGUUGCCGGCGGUGGUACUGAUGUUCAGUGGAGCGGAGGUGGCGGUGACGGAGGAGCGGCUGCUGUACCGGGUAGCUGGGGAGCGGCGGGGGCGGGACGAGGUGUGGUGCUUCACCUUCGGGAACUCGGACUUGGUGCCCAUGGCGGCGUACGUGAUCGGGCACCACCACCAGCAGAACCUGUGGGUGGAGUACGACCUGGAGAAGGGCCGCGUCGGGUUCGCUCCCGUGCGCUGCGACCUGGCUAGCCAAAGACUCGGUCUGGUGCUGUGAAAGAUAAGCGCCGCAUCGACGGCCUUUUUGGGGACCUUCCGCCAAUCUUUUGACCUGUAGUCUUAGUGUUCCUUUCCUUUUUUGUCUCUCCCCCUUUUUUUCCCCUUUAAAAAACUUAUCGUUGGAUAAGCUGUCGCUUCUGACGUUUGGAGCACAUCGUUUCACUCCACCUGUUGAUAUAUAUGUAUAUAUACUGUGAAUCUAAACUCAGGAUUCUGUGGCUCUCUUUCCUCCA